GUACCCAGCACUCCAGUAGCGUGCCGGACUUCCACGGAGACGCCGGCGUAUGACGUCAUCUGCCCCGGUCCAGGAGUUCGCGCUGUCUCGCCGACUCCAGCUAAGUCGAGAUGCACGUGUGCUGGUGGCGGCUGAUCGUGGCGAUGGUGGCGCUGCCACUGGUGGCGGGCGUGGUCAUCAUCCUCAUGUGCUUUGUCUGCUGCCCGCUGCUGUGGAAGGAGAUACCCAAUACGGAGCAGAGCGACUACUACCGCACGCCGCUCUACGUGGUGGGAGUGUUGGCGCUGUGGGUGCUCUUCGCCAUCGGCAUCUUCUUCCUCUGGUGGCGCCGCAAGCCCAAAGUGAUCGUCGACGAUUCCACUGAAGUGAUCGUCGACGAGCCCAUCAAAGUGAUCUUCGACGAGCCCAUCAAAGUGAUCUUCGACGAGCCCGCCAAAGUGAUCGUCGACGAGCCCGCCAAAGUGAUCGUCGACGAGCCCGCCAAAGUGAUCGUCGACGAGCCCGCCAAAGUGAUCGUCGACGAGCCCGCCAAAGUGAUCGUCGACGAGCCCGCCAAAGUGAUCGUCGACGAGCCCACCAAAGUGAUCGUCGACGAGCCCAGCAAGGUGAUCGUCGACGAGACCACCUUGCUCCCUGCCGCCGUGGCGUGACGGCCCGUCCACUUGCCGGUACCUCCGAGACGCGACGUAUGGCUGUGACAUCAAUGAGGCCACUUUGUCACGUUUUGGUAGGCCACUGGGAUGUACAUCUCUCCUGGAAUUGCGACCUUCAUAUUGACGAUCCAGCAUUAUAUGGAACAAAUCUCCACAUUACUCUGCAAGUUUUCAGCUGACACACAGGUGUUUGUACCUGAGGCUCCAGUUGCGAUUCGUGCUAUGCGAAAAUUUUUUGUCGAUGCGGAGCUUCUCUUGCUACAAACAAUGCAAAGAGCGCGAAAACACUGCAGGGGAAGGUCGAUUUACUCAGUUGUAUGGCACCCCAUACUGUACCCUAAUAUGAAGAAAAUACACUCUAAAACAGGAAAAGGAGACAUGCCACGAAGAAAUUAUCCGAAUGGGACGGAAAUCGGUAGAAGUGAUGUACACAUGCAUACACACUAAUGAUUGGAUGUACCGCAAAACUGGAUGAUAUUUUCACGAGAAAGUCCUUCACACACUGAACAAGUCAAGAUCUCGUUAGUCCAACUUUGGCCGAUAUGCGGGCAACUUUUCACGACAUCCCUAAGGAGGACAUCCAGUAACGUAAUCAAUCCAUCGCAAGCUGAAUAACUGAGUGCAUAAGGGUCAGAGAUUGAAUUCCUCAAUUUGUUGAGUGCUUUCUGUUGAAUAAAUCAUCCAAUGUUUCUAAAAUUGUACCUUUGUUUGUUUGCCUGUACACUUACAUCGUAAUUACCGUGUUCCGACUCAUUCGGAUUUUCUCUUGGAGUGUAAAUUCUAAAACCGACAUUUAUAAUUUUCUAUUGUGCCAUAAGAGGUUUUGUUUUAUAGUUUCGUGAAAUACAGAUUGACAAAUAACUGCACAAUACAGGUGAAUGUUUCUCAACCCAUUCCCAUAAUGGUCACAGAGAGAAAGAUGAUGGCCAUUGUGUUUUGAAGUCUGGUACGAGACUAUGAAUUUCUCUCACAGAUGUUCUGAUAGGCAGUCAGAAGUGGUUUUUACUCUCAGUAACACUUAAAUAAAACUAGUUUGUGCAUCAUUCUCAGUAAGUUACAAAUAACAUUUUCAAAAAUCACUGUACACAUCCCACUACAGCGUUCAAUAAAAUAUUUAAAACAA